AUGAGACUUCCCAUAGAACUUACGUUCCUCCUUACGCACAUCUUACACCUUACCAAUGCGCUCCCGCUCCAGCGCCGCAGCACACCUUUCCGCUCCCUCCGCGGCCUCACGCCCCUUGUGAACUCCUUUUCCAACGGGCAUACGUACGCGCACGCGCCGACGAAAUACUUCUACGAAUCUACCUUCAACAGCCACUAUGAUGGUCGCUUCGCUUCCUCCGAGGUCCCCUUCCAAGAACGAAUAUGGCAUCUCAGGCUUAUGUUGAAGGCGUAUACAGAUACGAUGGACAAGAUUGGGGUACAAACGUGGAUUAUGCAUGGGUGUUUACUAGGCUGGUGGUGGGGCAGAGGGCUUAUGCCCUGGGACAAAGACCUGGAUUUCCUCGUAGAGGAGGAAGGAGCUCGAGAACUAGGGACAUGGUGGAACAUGACAGUCCAUCAUUUCGACGCUCGAGAUCUGGGACUUGAAUCCGUGUCAGACCACAAAGAGGGUUAUAUCAAGCAAGGAGGAGACUUGCUUGACUCGGAAAAGCAUUACGAAGACGAAGAUACCCGCUCAAAGCGCCUCGCUUGGGAGGAAGACAUCAAAACAAACGGCAAGAAAUACCUGAUAGAAGUAAACCCAAACUACACCAACAAAUCCACAACAGACGUCUACAACCACAUUGACGUCCGCUGGAUCGAUGUGAGUAACGGCCUCUAUAUCGACAUUACAACAAUCCACGUCGCACCCGUAGAGCACUCCCUGACCGACUCCCCAUACUCCAGCACCCACCCUUCAGCCCACGAAACCGACCCCGACGCCUUCGACACCGAAACCCAACUCUACGUCAAAGACACACAUGCCUACCUCUCGACCCAAAUCUUCCCCCUACGACAAUCUACAUUCGAAGGCGUGAAGGUCAAGGUACCGUAUGCGUACGAAGAGUUAUUGUUGGAGGAAUAUGGGUCAGACGCCCUGACGGAGGAUUGGUAUAACGGGUAUCAGUUUGACAAGGAGAGUAGGCAGUGGAAGAAACAGCGGGAGCCGAGCGAGGAGCAGAAGGAGUAUUUCCAGGAGAAAAAUGGAAAGGAUGUGGGGAGAUUGAGUAGUACGGGGAGGAUCGGACAUGGGUGGAGGGGGCAGGGCGCUAUUGAAGGGGUUAUGAAGGAAGAAGGAGUUGAGGUAGAUGUGAAAGAUGUUGAGGGGGGAAGGUGGACGGAGUAG